CUCAACAUGAAGUUAUUCCUUAGCUGUGCUCUGCUCUGCGCUGUUUUCGUUGCCAGUCAAGCCUAUAGCGCCACCUGGGGACACAAGAAAAUUCAUGACUUUUGGCUUUACGAUCAGACAGAGGUACGUCCAGCUUGGAAUAAUGCCACAUAUAGCGUCGAUAUUGAGUACCCACCUCCAGGUUAUGAGGAAAUGACCUACAAGCUCAGCUUCAUUGAUGUUAUUGAUCAUUGCCGCAACGGCACCGGAUCUACUCCCACUCUGGUGUCAGGUGGUAUCGGAUCUACUUACGCAAAAGUAAAUCUGCACAGCUCUGCUGGACAUUGCAUGAACUCUACUGUUGAGUUCUGGGGUUUUGUAUCCUGGACAUAAAGCAUCCUGGCACUUAAUUGAUUAAAAUCUUCAGUAUGAAAUUGAAUUGUAAAAACAACAUGUUGCUAAUUAAAUAAAAUCUA